UAACAAUAAAAUCCCAUUGAUUGUGUUAUAAUUUGGGAUUAACAGGUGUUUGUGUCGGUGUUAACGUUAUCGAAAACAAUAAAAUCCAAUAAUUGUUGUUUACAAACUGCCAGUGAAAGGAAAUGCUGAGGAAGAAGACCAACUAUAGCAUUAACAUGGUUUUGCUUUGGUUGAGAAUGAGUAGUUAGAAUUACAAGCUUCUAUUAUAAAGAAAACCCAAAAAAGCUUAAAUUAAAUGGCAGCUACAAAAUUGAUAACAUUGAUGAAAAAAUGUUCAACAGUGAAGCAGGCAAAGCAAAUCCAUGCCCACAUAUUGAUCAAUGGUUUUACCUUUCUUCGACCACUUUUAAUCCAUCGCAUGCUUCUUUGGGAUGUUACUAACUACAGAACUAUGGCAAACUAUGCCUACUCGAUGCUUCAUCAUUUGCACAUUCCAGAUUCCUUCUCGUGGGGUUGUGUGAUUCGAUUCUUCUCUCAAAAGUGUCUAUUCACUGAAGCUGUUUCUCUCUAUGUUCAAAUGCACAGGACGAGCUUGUGUCCAACUUCACAUGCUGUAUCCUCUGCACUCAAGUCAUGUGCUAGGAUUCAUGACAUGUUGUGUGGCAUGUCAAUUCAUGGACAAGUUCAUGUUUUUGGAUUUAACACUUGUGUUUAUGUACAAACUGCCCUUCUUGAUUUGUAUUCGAAAAUCGGUGACAUGGGGACUGCUCGAAAGGUGUUCGAUGAAAUGGCUAAUAAAAGUGUGGUUUCAUGGAAUUCUUUGUUGUCUGGAUAUGUAAAAGCUGGUAACUUGGAUGAGGCUCAAUAUUUGUUUAGUGAGAUUCCUGGGAAGGAUGUCAUAUCUUGGAACUCUAUGAUCUCUGGAUAUGCCAAAGCAGGAAACGUGGGUCAGGCGUGUACUUUGUUUCAACGAAUGCCAGAGAGGAACCUGUCCUCCUGGAAUGCAAUGAUCGCUGGUUUCAUUGAUUGUGGAAGCUUGGUGUCAGCAAGAGAAUUUUUUGACACAAUGCCUAGGAGGAACUGCGUCUCUUGGAUAACAAUGAUUGCUGGCUAUUCAAAGGGUGGGGAUGUUGACUCUGCUCGUAAGCUCUUUGACCAGAUGGAUCACAAAGAUUUGCUCUCAUAUAAUGCUAUGAUAGCUUGUUAUGCUCAAAAUAGCAAACCCAAGGAAGCCCUUGAACUAUUUAAUGAUAUGCUUAAACAGGAUAUAUACGUACAUCCAGAUAAGAUGACUUUGGCUAGUGUUAUAUCAGCAUGCUCACAAUUGGGGGAUCUGGAACAUUGGUGGUGGAUUGAGUCACAUAUGAAUGACUUUGGAAUUGUAUUGGAUGAUCAUUUGGCUACUGCUUUAAUUGACUUGUAUGCAAAGUGUGGAAGCAUUGACAAGGCAUAUGAGCUAUUCCAUAACCUGAGAAAGAGGGAUUUGGUUGCAUAUUCUGCAAUGAUAUAUGGAUGUGGAAUAAAUGGAAAGGCAUCUGAUGCAAUCAAGUUAUUUGAACAGAUGCUUGCAGAAUGUAUUGGUCCUAAUUUAGUCACCUACACUGGACUCCUAACUGCUUAUAAUCAUGCUGGAUUGGUUGAAAAAGGUUACCAGUGCUUUAACUCCAUGAAGGACUACGGACUUGUGCCUUCAAUUGAUCAUUAUGGCAUCAUGGUUGAUCUCUUUGGGAGGGCAGGAUAUCUGGAUGAAGCAUACAAACUUAUACUGAAUAUGCCAAUGCAACCAAAUGCUGGUGUUUGGGGAGCUCUACUUCUUGCCUGCAGAUUACACAAUAAUGUGGAGCUCGGGGAAAUAGCUGUCCAGCAUUGCAUUAAGCUGGAGACUGAUACAACGGGUUAUUGUUCUCUUCUUUCUAGCAUAUAUGCUACAGUUGAAAAAUGGGAUGAUGCCAAGAAGUUGAGAAAGGGUAUGGAAGGAAAGGAUUUCACUGGAUGUAGUUGGACAAGUAACUUUGCUACUCCAUGAUUGGGAAAGUAAGGAACACACAACACAGCUAUAACGUGUGUUCAUAUUGCAUCUGCCUUUAAUUUGCACAUGGCCUCUUUGAGGGAUGAAAUGGUAGCAAUGAAGCAGUGACUAGAGGUGGUGAGGAAGGUGAUUUGGACUGUGAUUCAAUGUCAUAAUUGUCCAAUAUGUUUGAAGGAUCUGAAGCUCUUGGUUCCGUUCUACAACCUCGGGCUUGGCCUUUCUUCCCCAACCAUUUCUUAACCUUUCACUCUCUCUUAUGCAUAUCAAGCAUGCCUUCAUCCUGGACUUGUGAUUCAACAUGCAGGAAACUUGAAUAACACGCCACAUAUACAGUCAAGGGUUGAAACCUUAGGUGUCAUGAGCCAGGAUGCAACGGCGGGCUGUGUUCCAUCAAACUUGCUCAUUCUUCAUAUAACACUUAUAGAGAUUUUGGGAGUCAAGACGGAAAGGCAAUUUGGUGGUGUGCGAUGUAUUUUGUUAUUUGGUGCCUAACUGCCUAUUUUAGAUUCUUCAUUGUAUAUGCAGAGAAAUUCCUGAUAAUGGCAUGCUUGAUGAACAUUUUUGUUU